AUGAAUGGAAAAGUAAUACCUUACACCCCUCUAGCAGUUGAUUUCUGGCAGGUGCGGAAAUGCAGUCAUGUACGUCUGUUUUUCCUGUCACACAUGCAUAGUGACCACACUGUGGGCUUGACAUCCACUUGGAGUAAUCGUCCUAUCUACUGCUCACCAGUCACUGCAAAACUUCUGAAAUUCAAGCUGCAGGUUAAAGAGAAAUGGAUCCAUUCUCUGGAAGUUGGGGAGGCACACCUUCUACCAUUGGAUGACAUUGGGAAAGAGAGGUUAACUGUCACGCUCAUUGAUGCAAAUCAUUGUCCUGGCGCUGUAAUGUUUCUCUUUGAGGGCUACUUUGGCACCAUUCUCUACACUGGGGACUUCCGGUACACUCCAUCAAUGCUUCGAGAGCCAUGUUUAAGAAACAACACUACAGUUGAUGUACUGUAUCUGGACAACACUAACUGCGACCCCACCCGCACACUGCCUCCACGUCAGCGGGCCACCCAGCAGAUCAAAGAGAUUAUCCGUGCUCAUCCAGGUCACACCAUUGUCAUUGGUUUGUAUUCUUUGGGAAAGGAGUCUCUGUUGGUGCAGCUGGCUAUGGAGUUUAAGACUUGGGUGGAGGUGAGCGUCGAGCGUCUGGCGACGCUUCGAGUCCUGGAGCUCCCCGACGUGUUCACGACCGAGCCAGGCGCUGGCCGCAUCCGUGCAGUGGACCAAGCCGAGAUCCGUGCUGCCAACCUGUUGGCGUGGAACCAGGAACAGCCAACUAUCGCCAUCCUGCCCACCAGCCGGCCUGUGGUCUCUUGCCACCCCAACGUCCAUGUAGUGCCAUACUCCGAUCACUCCUCCUAUCAGGAGCUGGAAGACUUUGUCUCAGCCCUUCGGCCCCUUUCCCUUGUACCCCUCGUGGGCACCUGCAUGCCCUACUUCUCGGCCUUACUGGGACGCCACAAGAAGCGCCAUGAUAUGGUGGUCCCAGAGUCUGUCCAGCACUACAUGAUGAACACGCCCCACGAACAAGCUCUCCCCUCUGGUCUCACUAGCUCCUUGUAUCGCCCCUUACGCCCAGCGCCUAGAGGUGUGGUAUUCGAGUCUCCUAAACAGAAACCCAGGUGCCCCAGAGAGGACCAGGGUGGCCGAGGGGAUGCAGAACAAAACCAUCCAUUGCAAGUGGACUCUGACACAGACGAGUCCUAUUCGGACUGCAUCGUGCUGGACUUGAGCGCGGGGCUGACUUGGGAGGACAUCCCGGAGGACGUCAUCACGGUCGACAGCUUUCCACUCAGCCAGCUGAAUGACGACGAGGAUGCGGGAUCAUCCGACCUUGAUGCCAUGGGAAAAGAGUUUGGUCUUUUGGCCAGUGACUGUGUUACAGCUCUCUCUCCCAAGAAGAUGUCCAGGGAGAACAGCCCACAAAAGGGAAAUGUAAAUCCCAGAAUGAGAUGCUCCUCCUUGGAAAGCAUCAGUCUCCACGACAACCCUUGUAUGACGGCCGGUGCGGCCAUCACACCCUCUGAAACAUGUUCGGAGUCCUUCCAUCGUGCCGAGUCGUAUGAUCUGGUGAAGACCGAACAGCGGUUCCUUGAGAGCAUGAUCUUUCCAGACGAGGAGAUCAUAGGGCAGUUUGUGACCCUACAUAACCUUUGUGAGAAGUACCGUCUCUGUCCAUUGAAUGACCCCAAACCCGAUGGCGAUCCGAUUGAUGCUGCCAUUAAGAGGUUGAAAAGGGGAGCAAUGUGA